CAAGCGUACGUCAAAUUCAUGUAGCCAGUUAGCCAUGUAGCUAGCUACCGAGGUGCUUAUAAAGGGCAUAAACAGAUUAUCCAGACUGCAGGUAACUGAGUAGAUACCGCAACAAAAGACAAUAACGAGGAAAGAUGCAGGCUGGGGACCCAGUGGUUGGUGCAGCAAUGGCAGGUGCUGGCGCUCACAGUCGGUCGGAAGACGAAGAGUCACUUGGGGUAAAAGAUGUAAAAAGGACAGCAACACAAGCGUUUGGCAUUAGUGUUCCCAAACGCAGAAGUUCAUCCAGAUCAAUAAAGAGGAAGAAGUUUGACGAUGAAUUGGUGGAGAGCAGUCUCGUGAAGUCAUCCAGUAGAGUCAAAGGCCCUCCUGUCAUAGAGCCUGUCCGCUGUUCAGGGAGUGAACCUUCAUCUAGCGAGAAGAAAAAGUUGACAAAAUCAGGAAUGGCUCUCACACUGCCUCUGACGAUGGUAGUUAACCACGCACCCAUCACUAAAAGAGUAAAGAAAAGCAAGCAGCCUCUACAUAUUACUAAAGACUUGGGAAGAUGGAAACCCACUGAUGACCUUCUACUUAUAAAUGCAGUGUUGCAGACCACAGACCUGACCUCUGUUCACUUAGGGGUCAAGUUCAGCUGUCGUUUUACGUUGCGGGAAAUUAAAGAGAGGUGGUACGCUCUCCUCUACGAUCCUGUCAUCUCGAAGCUGGCAUGGCAGGCCAUGCGUCAGCUUCACCCGGAGGCCAUUGCAGCAAUCCAAAGCAAAGCUCUCUUUAGUCAGGCUGAGGAGGGACUGCUAGCUAAGAUUGGUUCAACUAGUCAGCCUAAACUGGAUGGGUUCCAGGAGCUUUUAAACAAACACCCCGGUGUCUUUCACCCAUCUCGCACCCCCAAGAGCCUGCUGGUACACUGGCAGUUGUUGAAGCAGUACUACCUCCUGGAUGAUCAGAGCGUCCAGCCUCUCCCGAAAGGUGACCAAGUCCUCAACUUCUCUGAUGCUGAGCAGAUGGUUGAUGAUGUAAAGUUAAAGGAAAGUAGAGAUGAGGUAUUGGAACAUGAGCUGAUGAUUUCUGAUCGUCACCAAAAAAAAGAGAUCAGACAUUUGGAGCAGGAGUUGCCUCGUUGGCAGGUCCUUGUGGACAGUAUUACGGGGAUGAGCAUGCCUGAUUUUGACAACCAGACACUGGCCGCUUUACGAGGAAGAAUGGUACGCUACCUCAUGAGAUCGCGAGAGAUUACGUUGGGCAGGGCGACCAAGGACAAACCAAUAGAUGUAGAUCUUUCGCUAGAGGGACCUGCCUGGAAAAUAUCAAGAAAACAAGGAAUUAUUAAACUCAAGAAUAACGGAGACUUCUUCAUUGCCAAUGAGGGCAGACGACCCAUUUACAUAGAUGGCAGACCGGUGUUGUCGGGAAACAAGUGGAAACUCAACAACAACUCAGUGGUGGAGAUUGCAGGUCUUCGCUUUGUGUUUCUCAUUAACCUCGAACUCAUCUCGCUUAUAAAAGCUGAAGCAGCCAAGAUGACGCCGCAGUGAAGGUCCGCCACCUAGAAGAGAAGUGGACAUACAGGACAAACUGGUCCAGUCAGUUCCUCUUUGUCCAGUGGUUAACAGUUUAUCUCGUGAAGCGCAGUGGAGCUACUGCGAAUCACAACACCAACGGCCAUGUUAACAUGAAAUGUGAAUUUUAAACGGACUACAGCUAAAUCUUGGAGCAAGGUUGUAACGGGUGUUACUUGUUGUUUGGACAGUUUCCACGUUGUAAUGUAGACACUCAUGUUGGAGCCUUUUUUUGUUGUUUUUUUGCCAAUUUGUCAGAAUAUUGUAUUUAAAUUCUGUAGUAAAGCUUUUUCAAAAUAUUGAACUUG